AUGAAUACGAAUAUAAUUAAAAAUCAACAAUUAAAUCAGAAUCGUAGAAAUUCAACAAACAAUGGAAUUGCACAACGUCAUAUGCAUUUUUAUAACAAUAAUCGGAUGUCUCAAAUGAAUACACAAGAGUCACCAUCAACAUUUAAAAGACAUCUAACUAAUCACAGUACAUUUGGUGAUGAUGCUAGAUACGUCAGUAAUAAAAGACAACGACAAAAUAGCCAAGAAAAUGUUGAAGAAUUUCAUGAUAAUGAAGAACGUAUCGAAGAAUGGUUUGAAUCGAAUAUGCAUCAUGGUAUUAUGUCGAAUGUUAAUCAUGCUGACAACGAUCGUAGCCAAACUCUCAUAUCCAAACAAGCAGUUAAUUAUAAUUAUCCGCACGAAAUUAAUAAUAUAAAAAACGAGCCACUAUUGCCAAAAUAUUUACCACCAUCAUACUCCAUAUUGAUUAAAAUUGUUCACAAUCACAUUUCAAUUGAUGAAAUUCGUCAGGAAGUAAAAGAGAAAUAUAAUUCACAAUAUUCAUGCAACAAAUUAAUUGGAACGAAAACAAAUCGGACGAGGCAUGUUAGGGUUGACUUUACUGAUCGAAAUGACUAUGACACCACACUCAAUAUUGGACAAAUAUCUUUUUUUAGUCAACUUUACUCAGUAAAUGAAUUUCUCGAAGCUCCAAAAUUACUUAUCUGUUCCAAAUGUAACUCUCCGGGGCACAUGAAAAAGGAAUGUCAACUUAAUUAUGAUCGAUGUCGUCGUUGUGGAUGUGACCGGAAAACCGAUCAUCAUUUCGAAUGUGCAAUUAAAUGUCAUCAUUGCAAUGGUGAACAUUUAUCCACGGAUUAUAAAUGCCCAACUGUAGCUGAUUAUCGAUGUGAACUUGUAAAAGAACUAAAACGUCAUCCUGAACGUUUGCCUGAACAUGUUCAACUAUUUAUACCAGCUAAAUGUCGAGAUAGGAAUGACCGUUCACAUGUUAUUACAAAUUAUCGAAAAAACGAACAAAAAAUAGAUCAAUAG